AUGGCACGAGAGCCGCUCCAUCAACUCCCCCGCGAGCCCUGGUACACCCGCGGCGGCGGUCCCGUGCCUCGCGCGCCGUUGAUAAUGUGGUCGCUCUGCCGCAAGCUCGUCGCCAGCUUGGCCCUGAUUUCCUGCGCCGUGUGGUACGCACAAACGCACUUUUACCGCGACCCGGGGAGCCGCUUCUUCGACCCGAGCCGGGCGUACGAGCAAAAGUACUCGCGCCACCGCAGGGCCGAGGUGCAGCAGUUCAUUGAGCAGUACGCGUCCGCCGGUGCCGCCCAUGACGCCCCGACUCGAGGUGAGUCAGGCGCAGGCCGAAGCCUCUGUGUGACAUUCACCUCUGUGAGGCGGCAGCGCAUCCAGUACGUCGAGACGGCCGUCGCCAGUGCCCUGGGCAACCUGCUCCCCCAGGAGCGCGCGGAUGCGGAACACCUCGAGACGCUGGAGGAUAAGCGGGAGUUUGCAGAAAAGGGCGUGUUUGACUAUAUAUACGCGCUCGAGGCGUGCGCCCAGACGGACACGCCGUACAUUGGCAUUCUCGAGGACGACGUCCUGCUCGCCGACGGCUGGCUCGCCCGCGCGCUCCUGGGCCUGCGCGACAUUUCCAAUUGCGGCAAGGCGUCGGUGUGGCCGCCGUCGCGGGGGGUCGUCGACGAGCCGUUUGGCUGCUGCUCGCAGGUCAUGGUCUUUCCGCGCGAGCAGGUGGCCUCGCUCGUGAGGUUUCUCGGCACGCGCCGCGGGCAGGUUGACUUGCUGCUGAAUGAGUGGGCGGAGGAGGCGGGCCUUGCGCGGUAUGCGCUGUACCCGGUCAUGGCGCAGCACAUGGGUGUCGAUUCGGCGAGGGGGACUGUUGUGGACGAAGCCCAGGCGAUUUGGAGCAUGGCGUUUGAGGAUCUCGAGCCGGCAAGGCUGGACCGGGACCAUAGGAGAAUGGUCAAGGAGUAUUACGGUGGUUAA